AAAAGAAACACAUGCAUAUAUCCCUCUUUUCGCUUGAAGCAUACUGCAUACGGAUGAUCAAACUCUAGCAGCCGCGCAGCGGAUCUUCAUGAUCUUGCUCAACGCAACAAUAGCACAGCAAGACUCUAAUCAUAUGCAACGGGGAUGAAAAAACGACAAGGUGGCGGUGCUCCCAGAACAUCACCACCUACAAUACGGACAGGUCCUGUAAAUGAGAUGAUUCCUUUGGAGGUAGCUGAUCAAACCUCUUCUCCCUUCCCGAUGGCUAGUAAAAUCGGGAUGCUUCCUUUGGAGGUGGAUCGACAAACCUCUUGCCCCUUCCUGGUGGCUGGUAAAACGGGGGCGCUUGAUUUAUUUUGUUAUUUUUAUUUAAAGAAUUCUUGUUUAGCGAUCUUCCAUUUUGGUAGCAAGUUCAGCAAUGCUAUUAAAUUAGGCUACCGUGAUGCGGGGUUAUCGAAUUUGACAGGUCCUCGGAGGCUAGUCAAUUCUAUGUCUCACCCCAGUGUAACCUUGAGCUAUUGUAUAUCUUUGUCUCUUGUUACUCUCUUUAUUAAUAAUAAUU